CGGGGGGAAGCGGCUCCUUCCGGUGCGGCCGGAAGCGGCCGUCCCAUGGUCUGGCGGCGGGAUGGCGGCGAAAGGGGCCGCGCUGCUGCUCCUGCUCGGGGCGGCAGCGGCGCCGGGCCCGGUGCGGGGCUCGCAGGGGGAUCGGGAACCCGUGUACCGGGACUGCCUGGCCCAGUGCGAGCGGCGCAACUGCUCGGGGCCCGGCCUGCGGCACUUCCGCUCCCGGCAGCCGCUCUACAUGAGCCUGACAGGCUGGACCUGCAGAGAUGACUGUAAAUAUGAGUGCAUGUGGCUUACAGUGGGGCUUUAUGUCCAGGAAGGUUACAGAGUGCCUCAGUUUCAUGGCAAGUGGCCCUUUUCUCGCUUCCUGUUCUUCCAGGAACCUGCUUCUGCCUUUGCUUCUUUCCUUAAUGGACUUGCCAACUUCGUGAUGCUGACUAGAUACAGAGCAUCCGUCCCGCCUUCAUCUCCCAUGUACCACACCUGUAUCGCCUUUGCCUGGGUUUCAUUAAAUGCCUGGUUCUGGUCUACAGUCUUCCAUACAAGGGACACUGAUGUAACCGAGAAAAUGGAUUACUUCUGCGCUUCCACCGUCAUCCUGCACUCCAUCUACCUGUGCUGCGUUAGGACCCUGGGUCUGAAACAUCCAGCCUUUGCUAAUGCCUUUGGGGGUUUUCUGGUCCUCUUCCUGGCCUGCCAUGUCUCGUACCUGACGCUCGUGCGCUUUGACUAUGGCUACAACAUGGCCGCAAACGUGGCGAUCGCAAACAUUCGCCCAGCCCAAAGAGCAAGUCCUGCUUCCUGUGACCAUGAGAUCCUCCGCCCUGUACCUCUUGCCUUCCAGGCCUUCUCAACCUCUUCUGGUGGCUGGGAUGGUGCGUCAGGAACCAGCAGCGCCUCCCGUACGUGUGGAAAUGCGUGGUGGUGGUGCUGCUCCUUCAGGGUCUGGCGCUGCUCGAGCUCCUGGACUUCCCGCCCCUCUUCUGGAUCUUCGACGCACACGCCAUCUGGCACAUCAGCACCAUUCCUGUCAACGUCCUCUUCUACAGGUCCCCUGACCUGGGUGCCAGCACCCCCCAACCUCCUUGCAACUUCUGAUCUGAGUGACACGGAGUUGGUGCCAAGAUGUAUGGUGGAUCCAAAGUGCAGGGGAUUUAGGUUCAGAGCCAUGGCUGGUGUAAUGCUGACUUCCAGCUGCUGAACAGGGGGCCCUCAGUAGUGAAUACAAAAUAGUGGGUUCAGAGUGCAGUUGCUGGGAGGAGGUGUUGGCCUGGUACGGGUCAGAGUUGGUGACCUGGUGUCCCUUUUGCCUGGGCACUGACUCCAUAUUGCAUUGACUGUAUAUUUCUGACAAAAAAGACCCUUUUCUUUUGGAAUUAGCCUGAACUAGCUGCCACUGGAACAGCUUGGGUUCAAAUGGGGGCAGUUUCUGGCUAGACCCCCUCCCCCCACGCCACGCUGCCUCUAACCUGCUCAUGCCGCUCCCAUUAUCCUUGCAGUUUCCUCCGUGAUGAUAGCCUGUACCUCUUGAAGGCAAACUCGGACAGUCUGAAAAUAGACUAAAGCUGUCGGAGGUGCGGGCCUGUUGUGUGGAGAGGAGCGAUCCCCUUCCUGAUAGAAAAUGUCACGUGAGACCUUCUGAGCGCCUUUCCCAGCAGCUUGCCGGGUCUCAAGCCAGCCGCUCUCAAGAAGCGGUGAUGUUGGGCACUUUCAUUGUGUCCCUGUCCAGAAUCUGUGCUGUGCCAAGACCUGCUCUCUGCCUUCUUUGCCUCCUGGGUGCACCAGAAUCCUGGGUAAACGUCCCCCUCUACCAGAGCUGAGUUUUGUUUCCUCUUUUUUUUUUUGCCUUCAGAAAUUUUAAUUCUAAUCCCAUGACUUGUUCUAUUAGAACAUCAACGAUCCAUCUCGCCCACGCACUCCCCCCCACACACUGUAAUUAAUGCUCUUCUGUGCUACCGGGCAACAUGGUGCUUUUCCGUUUCCACUGUUACGAAAUCUGUUUGAUUCUCAGCUUGCUGAAGGAUUUCAGACUAAAUGGGAAAUGUCGGUGGGCCAACUGGUGACUUGGUAGACUGGAAGAUGUCACGAGCAUGUGGUGGGGACAUCUGGUCAUAAAGUUGUGUGGCCCACAGGACCUCCAACUCUGCAGUCCGGAGCCUGCUGAAAUGGAUUAUUGUUAAUAUGUGUAAAUAAUAUGGGUGGGCCAAGGGCAUACGCUGCUCUGUACAUUGGAUUCACUCAUCCUCUGAGGAUAGAACGUGUGAGUCUAAGCCGUGAAACCUUCUUCAGCAGUUGUGGGGAGGUGGAUCUCCCAGGUUAUUAGGCACUUGGGGUGAAUGUGGGAGCUCUUUGCUGUGCAGAGGGGAUUUUUUUUGAAAUGGGAUACUUGGUGCAGUCUUUGAAAAUCUCAGUGCAGUGUGAAAUGCCAGGCUGACUUAUUUUUCCGCUCCUUGACAAACCUGCUCUGAUGAAUCCUGUGUGCCCUAUAGGGGAAAAUGUCCCUUUCCUGCAAGGGGAGGGGGCGUUAAGGACCCCCAGAGAUUCUCUAGUCCCUGCAUGCCACCUUAAAUCAUCCACAUGUUGUGGCUAAUGCACCAUCCUUUCUGGCUGUUAAGUGCUGAGAAGGGGCUCCCUGCAGGGCUGAGAUGAGGGCCUCCUGGCUAGAGGUGGGGGAACAAAUUAUUCCAGUUGUUGAGGGGAGCAAAUGAAAAGAAAAACAGGACCAUUCUGCGCAUAAUGACAUUCCUGGCACCCCCUUUGCAAUUGCAUUAGUCAGUGGCCUGCUGUUUGUUACAGGAUUAGGGCCUUACUGAAUAAAGUGAAAGUCUGAGUGCUCUGGGCUCCGCUCAUAAAAGCAGAGAGACCAGGAAUGCGGCAGAAAGCCGAAGGGAUCAGCAAGUGCCUUCCUGAUUGCCAAAUGAAGUUAAUGAAGUAGAUGAUCGCUCAUCGCAAAAGUUGUGACUAUUGGUGUGUUGCUGCGCCACCACUAGGUGGUGAGCGUUGCCAAUCCAUUUACAUUUCGAACUCUCUCCAUCUCCAGGGAUGAGGCUUAGAGCCGGCCAGCUGGGCUGCUUAGCAUUCGCCCUGGGCUUCAUGCAGACAGAAGUGAAGACUGUCCGGCAUCAAUGUGCCCUGUGCCACCAGAGCGGACUUGGGACAUUGGCUUGGAGAGACCAUGAAUCUGGGUGUUCUCCAUUGUAUUGUGCUGUUUGGUCUCCUAGAGAAUUCAUGCCUUGUGUCUGAAUGGGCCCAGCCUGUGUGUGACCCCGUUAGAGACAGCCAGGCCGUUCCUGGUUCUGUUAAAAGCUUGGAGUUAUUAGCUCAGACUUCUAGUUUGCAUGGGGCUGCAGUGCUUGAUUUUGUGUGUGUGUGUGGCUUGUUUGCAAAAUUAGAUUUAGUUUCAUGGUUAAGAUAAAGUCCAGGUGUAUGUUUUGGGGGGGAGGGAUCGCACUCCAGUUGGGAAAUGGAUUUUGGUUUUUUGUUUUUUCAUUUUAGCAGUUCUUUUAAUGGGUGACACACAGGAGACCAUUCUAUUCUUGCAUCUUUUCAAUGGUUUCUUCCUUGUAUUUGCCCUUUUCCUUGUUGUGGGUGCAGCCUCGAGUAACCUCCGUUACUGGGCUGGGCUGCCUACCCAACUCACAGAUGUGACUCGAGAGAAGAGGGUAAUAUACAAGCUGUUCCAAACAAGGGACAGGAAGCCAAGAACUCACUCGGGGCCUGAGGUACAAUGAGUCUGGGGAACUUGGUCCCUUCAGCACUGACCCCGCAAAACACUUGCUCAUCAGUAAAGACCUGAGUGGUUCCACUGACUUAGCUAGGACUGCCUAAGGCUCUGAUCCAAAGCCCUUUGCAGUCAGUAGACAGGAGGUCAGACAUCCGUGCUUGGUGGACUGGGCCGUACAGAAGUCUGCAAGGACGAUGGCCUGGAGAACAUGAGCCAAGCUGGGAAGACCUGGCAAGUGACUACCCAGAGGACUUGUAUUUAUGUUGACCACAGUUAGCACAAUAGCUUGUGUUUAGUGGAAAUUAGAGACUAUGGCAGCAUGGUGAUAACCCCAGAGAACUGUUAAUGGUGGCUAACCGUGUGUGUGUGCGUGUGUGCGCGCGCGCUUGUGUCCAGAUGUAAUUGACUACAUACCAUUAUGUUUGCCCCUGCCUAGGGCCAGGUGUCUCAGUCUGUAUCUCUGUCACUGCUUUGUCUUAUUGUUCAAAAACCAAACUGUUGAACUUAAGUUGCCUGUAACAUUCUUGUCCUGGUGAUGAGAAAAUCUUCUACAGCCCUUAUGUUUGUCCCAGCCUUACAUAUGUCUCUCUCUCUCUCUCUUCUCUUCUGCCUCCCCCUUGUUUAACCUGCCUGUUCUCUUCCCAGAGAAACCACCCAAUACCCUGGCUCUCCUCCAAUUCCAGGGCUUGUAAACUCCACCGCUGCCCAGCUGCACUGAGCUGCUUAAUGCAAAGAGUGACUUCUGCAUGUUCCCCAGACAUCUGUGGAAAGAUCAGUCCAGACAAGCCACCUUGAAAGCUUUAGGAAAAUUAAAAGUAGAGGCCAGCACAAUCCUGGUCCUUAUCGCUUAUUAGCCCCCGCUCCGAAUUCCAAACACUCUAACCUGGUAUCCUCCAUUCAUCUUGCUUUACAGAGAUCCUAGACUAGCCAUACCUCUGGUGCAGGAGCCCGUAACUUUGUAGAGCCAUAUCCAGAAUGAGCGAACGGAGACAUUGUAUGACUCCACAGCACUUCGUUGUCUGGCUAGUGGAGAAUGCCCAGUCCAGCUAGCUUCUGGGGCUGGGAAAUCUCAAGGUAAACAAGUAGAAUCCUCUUCCUGCCGGGUGAGAGCCGUUUGUGGAGAGGUGCAGUACCUGUUGCCCAGGAAGGGCCAUUCCCACACAGGUGGAUCUGAGCAGCCAGGGCCAGGCUCUCUGUCAGAUCGGCGUUGAAAACGCUAGGCAGGCCAGCUUUCAAGUCAGCCCUGGAAUUUCAUGUUGGAAGUGGCGUGAUUAGAGACCAUGCACAACUCUUGAUGGGGGCCAGAGUCCAAUUUAAAGAUUUGGAGGGGCGGGGGACGCCUGCCUCACACGUGUCCUCUGGGCUGAAGAGCAGCAGGAGAGCCAGGGCAGCGGCAAGCGAGCGCCUCGGGAAGCCUCUCAUGGCGGCUGGUGGGGAUCACAGGUCAGCCCCGGGCUCCUUCGGAGGGAAGCAAGAACAUAUCGGGGCACAUCUUGGAGCUGUGCCGCCCACCUUGCCUGGGGAGCACCCAGCCGUAAAAAGGCGGCCAGGCUUGGGGAGCAGAGGAAUCAGGCAGCCAGCCAGCGCUCUGGCUUCCACAGCCCAGAGAGCCAGGGACCCAAGCAGGCUGAGCAGCUUCCCACCAGCUUUCAAUCCUCCGGCUUCUGGCAGGAGGCAAUGGUUUCCAAACUGUGGGCCCCACGGUUUGAAAACCUGAGUGCUAAAUGGAGGGCAGACACCGGGGGGGCUCACAUGUCCCCCUGCAUUGCCUCUGGGCGUGAUGUGCACUGAUCAUCAGUGAGAGGGGGCGAGUGGAGCUGAUGGGAUGGCAGCUGGUGCUGGGUGGCUGGAACUGGCUGAAGCUUUUCCCACAUUCAGUGCAUUGUAGUGGGGUCGUUCUCUGGCUGAGUCUUGCUGGGCAGUGACAUGUCUUCCUGAGACCUCUCUUGCAGCCAGUGGAUUUACCUGGUCUCUUCCCUGGAGGGAUUCUGUCCCCGAGGACUCGGGGUAUCUUCCUGGCAGUGGCCCAUGUGGUUCCACAAGGCCAGGCCCUCCUCUCGCUCGUCUUCAGUCGCAGUCUCACCCUCUGGCCAUGCAGUCGUCCAGAACUGUGGCUCUCACCCAGGGGUCUGCCAAAAUAAACCAGAGAGCAGGGUUGAAGUUGAAGCCUGAGCAACUUAGUUUUGAGGGGCCCCCUGUGGCAUCAGGCCCUGGGCCAUGCCCAGCUGGCUACCCCCUAAUGCUGGCCCUAGCUUUUAAUCUACUGGAUAUGCAGUUGUGGCCCAGGUGGGCCAUGGAAUUUUUAAAGCAUGUUGGGGGGUGGGGUGCUCAGAAAGAGAGGUUGAGAACCCCUGGUCCAGAGAAUGGCUCCUUCACCUUGGUAGAGUCUCCUGCCUUCCUUAUGCUGGGGCUGCAACAGGCCAGCUGGACUCGCUUGCCAAGGUAGGCACCAACUGGCAUAUCUGCUGCUUCCUAGGUCGCUGGUGAGCGUCGGCCUGUUACUGGAAGGAGUCGUGAUAGGCCUCGGUAUCAUCCUCUUCUGACAGUGCUGGGACAUGGCUGGGCUUUCCCAGGUGGGGGUGGGGCUGAUUCCAGCAUUCCCUCCUGGCACGGGGCCUCCUGACACUCCAGCCCCUGCUCUGUCCCCUGAGACUGGCCUAGCAGGACUUCCCUUGCUUCCCCCACUUCCUGAAGAGCCAGCGUCCCUUCUUCCCACUUGCUCUGCAGGCCCUAGGCUCUGACCUCACCUUUCCAUCCAGCAGCCAUCCCAGGGCUUUGCCUUAUUCCAGCCUGGUCUCCUGUAGUCACUGUGCUCCAAGUCUCGGGGGAAGCAUCUCUGGAAAAAAAUGCCCUGUCUCUGGUUUUAAACCUUAGUUUUCCUUAUUCACUGUGUGUGCGCAUGUGCUGGAGCAGAUAGUUUUCGGGCCAGUUUAAAAACUCCUAUUGCACUGGGAGGCCUUGGUCCAUGAGCCCCCUCCCUCCCCCGGCUUUCCACCAGAGUGCUGUACCCGAGCAAGGAGGAGGCAUUUGGUGUGAAGCUGUAGUUAGCAGGGUUAUAAUGGAGGCUUCUCAUGGAAAUUCUUGCCAAGAACAGACUGGCUGUGUGUGCAGUGGUGUACAACAGAUGAUCGUACAGUGAAAGCAGGUGAAGUUUCUUUUGUGUGAAAUGAUUGACCCCGGCUGCAAAAGCAGUUUGUGGCCUCUGAGCGCUCUGUGCCAACUUCUUACUGAAACGUCCCAGUGGGUAAUUUUAGAAGUAGAAAACAAACAGCACAUCCUCCCCGGAUAGCUCCCCGCCAACGCAGCACAUUGUGUGCUCAUUCGCUGGCCAUUCACCCUUGUAGCUAUCACCAGAGCCUGGCAUCUGUUUUUCACAUGGAAAGUGACCGGACAUUCUACUGGCAUCGCCCCUGCCAGCCACUUCAGCUGGGCUUGGUAACAGAAUUUCCUGAAGGUGACCUGAAAGUGCGGUUGGUGGGAGCAGCUGCUUUACUGCGGGGGAAGAGGGAGAGCAUAGAUUUGUGGGUUUCUUUUUCCUCCUCAGUUUCCAAGGAUAUUUCCUUCUCUGGUUAUACAGGUGAUGGGUUGAGAUAAUCUGUAUAUAUCAUGGUAAUAAGGGAAUGGGGGCAGAUUUUCUAUCACUGUACAGCCCACACACCUGUCGUGUGGGGAUGUGACUGUGACUAACUUGUAUUCUAUUGCUAUUUCACUUCUUAAAUCAGCUCUUUGGAGUGUGAUCAGUUCAUUGUAUUAGACUUGGGUCAAGUCGGCGAUUAUUGCAAAUGAACCUUUGUCUGUAUUGUUGUCCUGGUUUCUCUGAGAAUAAAAUUGUAAUUAAUCUAAUAA